AUGAAGCCCCCAGCCCUCAGCUGCCCCCGCUGGCAGCGUGACAUCCUUCCCCCGCAGGGCUCUGAAACCGCAGCCGUGUUUCCUGCCCGCCCCGGCGGGGAGGUGCAGGCGGGGCGCAGCCCGCGACGCCCCUCCGGUUUCGCCCGGUACCGGGGCUGCCGGGCCCUCGGCGGUGACGGCCACCGGUGCUGCAGCUCGGGGUCCCACAGCGUGCCCUGGCAGAGGUCCCAUGGCGCCGGGCUGGGCCGUGCUGGUGGUGCUGGUGCUGAGCACCCUGCGGGCAUGCGGGGCCCGGCCCCCGGAGCAGAAGGGCGAAGGGCCGACAACGGGCAGCCCCCCCCCGGCACCGCCGCGAUGCUGGGGCACGGCCACGCCACCACCGCGAUGCCCGACAGCAACGAGACCGAAUCCCUCGAGCCCGACUUGCUGCUGGGCUCCACGCUGCCACCGGGGCUCAGCACCAACAGCAGCCUGCCCCAGGAGCUCACCACACUGCACACGGACCUGGGUGAGACCGAUUCCCCCAAGCCCAACUCGCUGCUGCCGGGCACGGAGCCGCCGCUGGAAGCGGGCACCAACGCCAGCCUGCACCGGGAGAUGGUGCUGACCACCGCGGAUCCGCAGGAUGAGACCGACUCCCCCGAGCCCGACUUGCUGCUGAGCUCUGCGCCCAGCACAGAGGCAGCACCCCAAAAUAACAGCACCGCCAUCCCCGGCUGGCCCAUGUCAUCCGCGGGGCCUGGCACGGAGGGGACCGUGGCUGGUGGCACGGAUGACGUCUCCUCCACGGGGACCACGGCCAGCAGCAUGGAUGACAUCCCUACAGGGAGCGUGGCUGGUGGCAUGGAUGACAUCUCCUCCACGGAGCCACAUUCAGCUCUCCCCACCACCACUGCUCCCACCAACAUCAUUUACAAAAAGGCCGGGGACCCCCCGGUGCUGAAUCACCCGGGAGAGGUGACCACGGCUCCUUCGGACUCAAAACCCGGAGGGAACACGGUGGAAGAGGCCCCCGCCAUCCCCUGGGACGACAGCGCACUGAUGAACAAGUGCCUGCUGGCCAUCCUGCUGCUGGCGCUGGUGGCCGCCGCCUUCAUGGUGUGCACGGGGGUGCUGGCCGCCCUGCUCUGCCGGCGGGCGCGCACGGCUCGCCACCAGUUCACCCCCACCGAAAUGGUUUGCAUCUCCUCCCUGCUGCCCGACGGCGAGCCUGCUGCCGCCAACGGCCCCCGGCUGGGCCCCCACCGGCACCGCAAGCUGCUGGCCGAUGGCAGCUCCGAAGCCGAUGGCGACAACCUGACGCUCAGCAGCUUCCUGCCGGAGCACUCCUGA